GAAACAACUUCCAAGUGAAACUUGUCUUUUCUCUCUCCUCUCCGCAGUCUUCCCUUCCCUUCCAACGUACUCCAUCACCACCUCCCCCGAUCCACCUGAUUCUGACCACUUGACAUUUACACCCAAUCCAACUUCCCACAAACUCACCAAAGCCCCUCGUUUACGCUUCGCAUAUACACAAAGAUUUUCUAUGUAUCCAAACAAUCCCACCACUCCACUCAUUUAUCUCUCUCCUCUCUGAUCUCCUUUCAUUUGGACCAUGGUCGAAACCCUAGCGUCGCCGAGGCGAUUGCACCACCAAAGGCUCGACUUUAAGCGCUUGAUUCCGACGUUUUUUACUUCCCACAAAACCCUCUUCACGCUACUGUGGAUCGUGGGCUUUGCGUCGGUGUUCCUAUGGCAGAGGAACAUAGUCGACGGGUUUUUUAUUUUCCGGCGUGCUGUGCCGGAGAGGCCAGUGCCCAGGCUCCGGCCGGUGGCCUUUAAUUUGACAGAUUUCGGGGCGGUGGGUGACGGCGUGACGCCAAACACCGAGGCCUUCGAGAGGGCUGUCUCGGCGAUUUCGAAGCUGGGGAAGAGAGGCGGUGCUCAGCUCAACGUGCCCGCCGGGUACUGGCUCACGGCACCGUUUAAUCUGACUAGUCAUAUGACUCUGUUCCUUGCUGAAGAUGCGGUUAUACUUGGCAUCGAUGAUGAGAAAUACUGGACUCUCAUGCCUCCAUUACCCUCAUAUGGGUAUGGGAGAGAGCAUCCUGGACCUCGAUAUGGGAGUUUGAUACAUGGUCAAAAUCUAAAAGAUGUAGUUAUCACAGGGCAUAAUGGUACCAUUAAUGGACAGGGUCAAACAUGGUGGAAGAAGUAUCGGCAGAAGCUUCUCAAUCACACUCGGGGCCCACUUGUGCAGAUUAUGUGGUCAAGUGACAUUCUGAUUUCUAACAUAACUUUACGUGAUUCUCCUUUCUGGACACUCCAUCCAUAUGACUGUAAGAAUGUAACAAUCAGAAAUGUCACAAUCUUGGCUCCCAUAGUUGAAGCUCCCAACACUGAUGGUAUAGAUCCUGAUUCAUGCGAAGAUAUGGUAAUUGAAGACUGUUACAUAAGCGUCGGAGAUGAUGGUGUUGCAAUAAAGAGUGGUUGGGAUCAAUAUGGAAUUGCUUAUGCACGCCCAUCAACGAAUAUUCUCAUUCGUAACGUUAUAGUUCGCUCGAUGGUCAGUGCUGGCAUCUCAAUAGGCAGUGAGAUGUCUGGUGGGGUCUCAAAUGUUACUGUAGAGAACCUUUAUGUGUGGGACUCAAGGCGUGCUGUUCGGAUCAAGACCAGUCCUGGAAGAGGGGGUUAUGUUCGACAUAUAACAUAUCGGAAUCUGACAUUUGACAAUGUUCGAGUCGGGAUUGUCAUCAAGACAGACUACAAUGAACAUCCUGAUGAAGGGUUUGACCCCAAGGCUUUCCCAACAAUUGAGGACAUAAGCUACACCUCAAUCCAUGGCCAGGGGGUCCGUGUUCCCGUGCGCAUCCAUGGGAGUGAAGAAAUUCCCAUUAAAAACGUCACUUUCCGGGAUAUGUCAGUGGGGAUAACAUAUAAGAAGAAGCAUGUAUUCCAGUGUGCCUUUGUUCAAGGUCGUGUAAUAGGGACCGUCUUCCCUGCCCCCUGUGAAAACCUUGAUCUAUAUGACGAGCAAGGACAGCUCAUUAAGCGCUCUGAUGCCCAAAACAUGUCAGACAUAGAUUAUGAUUUUUGAGAAAUUGUCUGGUUUAAGUUUGGGUGUUAAAGGCUGGAUUAGUUUAUCUGGUUGUCCUGUUCUAUAUUUGUCUCCUCUCUCAUUUGCUUUUCCUUUUUCUUCUCCUGUAAUUUUGUUCUCUGUAUACUGAUGAGAAAUAUAGUGUCAAAUGUCAAGAAAAGUUAUUUUACCAA